UCAAAGUGGUGAGACAGCGCGGAACGUUUCCUUCACCGGUCUCGCUUUUAAACAGAAGAUUGUGGCAUAGUAUCGAAAUCGUUUGCUCAUUCCUAGAGGUCUUUGAAGAAGAAAAUGGCGUUGAGGAAUUGCACGACGCGCUUAAUGAAUCAUCAUCGUCAGACUGUUUUGAUGCCUUUGAGUGAUGGUACACUUUGCAGGCCUUUGUGGUUGAGUUCUCGACGCCUUCACAGUCGUCUGAUGGAAGCCGUUGCCAAUGCGGAGAAAGUGGCGGGCAAUCCAACGUUCCUUCGUCUAGAAACUGUAGGUAGUCACGAAAUAUCCAACAUGUCCAUCUACCUGACAAAACUUAUGGAGACUGGACAUCCUCUUACAGCCACUGUCCAGCGUUUGAUGGCGCCUGAAAAUCAAACGGAUUUAAGUAGAGGCUUAAUCGUUUGGCUGAUAUCGCAGGCAGCCAAAUGCGAUCCAGCUGAAGGCAUUCUGCCCGAACAGAAAAGACUUGCUGAAAUUACACAAUUGAUUUACGUUGCUCACGAGAUUCACUCGGGCAUAAUGAAUCUCGCAACUCCAAACGAAGAUCUAGAAUUGGGCAACAAGAUAGCCAUUCUGUGUGGUGAUUUCAUUCAGUCCCGUUCCAGUAUUCAACUGGCAGCCUUUCGAAAUCUCAGAAUUAUAGACCUGUACGGUCAGGCCAUUUCGGAUUUCAGCGCUUCUGAAUUCGUAGAAUUGGUGUCUGAUGAAAAGAAUAGUGCGCUGGAUAAAUGGAAGCAGCAAACAAAAAUGAGAUACGGUACCCUGUUGGCGCAUUCGUGUCAGUCAACGCUAAUACUUGGUAACAACACGGAACUCUUACGAUGCGGGAAACAUUUUGGACAUGAAAUGGCAUUAGCUUGGCAGGCGAACGUUACGCUCCAAAGCUACGAGAAAGCAACGAAUAAAGGAGAACACGUUCUGGCCAAAGUUUUCCCAGGAGCUUCUGUCCAAGAAGUUGGAUCACGUUUUCAAGUUUUACGUGACAAUCACGUUGACGCGGCGUUGGAUAUGGCCAACGAGUUUCCAGAAAACGAGGCCAAGAAUGCCCUGUGUAACAUCGCAAGGGCACUCAAGUGCUGACUGAUUUUACGUUGAUAUUGCAGUACUACGUCGAUAUUGCCGUGAAAUUUGCAUUUUCAACGGAUGCGAAAUUUCACGUUCAAAUGUUCUUCUUUUUGGUCUAUUUACCAUGUGGGGUUCCCCGCACAUCUUGUGCCGUUAAGCAAUAGCACCUGUUUGCCCGGCACAUUAUUCAUUUUUUUUUUUUAAUGUUUUAAAAGGAAAGCCUGUGAACUGAUAAGAAAAUUUCGUUAAAAAAGCUGAUUAGAAUUUCGUUGAUUAUUCUCUGCAAUAACAACCAGAAGAAAUUUCUAUUUACACUCGCUUAGGGAUCAUUUAAAAAAAACUGAGAUAAAAAGAAAGGCGAAAUAUCCUUUUUUGGGGAGAUGCAGUUCAUUUGAGCUGUUUUCACUAUUUUCCUUUGCUUUUUCGCAAUUAAAUACAUUAAAAAAAACUUG